GGGUCAAGUCAAACUAAAGACCAAAUAUGAAGCUGCAGUGUUUAAGCUUCUUGGGUUUUUAAUGUUUGAGUAAAUGAUAAUGAAAUUUUUGUGCUUUUCUUUUGAUUGUUACGAGUGUGAGAAAAAUUCAACCGGGGCUAUAAUAAUAAAUACAAAAUAGAAGGACCAGUAGGACUAUCAAAGUCUUCAACUUGACGUUUCUUGUUUCACUUCUUCCUUCUUCUUACCUUGUCAAAAACCAAAGCUUAGCUCUCUUGCAGUUUGGUUGAUGAAACUAAAGAGUUCAGAGUAGUAAUCUUCCAUCUCCUUGCCCUAGUGUGAAGAACUCAAACAGAGGGCUUGAAGAGGAAUUUGAAAGAUACAACUGGGAAUAUCAAUUUCCAGUGUGAUAAAUUUGGUCUACAAAUGAGGAUUGCUCGUCUGAUACCAAUAAACCUGUGUGGGGGCUAUGUCGGAAUUGACUGACAUAAUGAGAACCUAGUGACACUUGGAAUAGAUAUCAUACAUUUAGCAGAUACUAGAAAAUGUCUGGACUGGACUUCAGUAUCGGAAUGGAGGAUGUUGGAAUUGCAGUACUACAAGAAUUAUGGAAUAAGGUGGCGUUUCAGACCAUGGGGCUUGUUAGCGAAACAAGGGAUAUGUUGUUUGAAAAGGACAGCUUUUUGGAGUUCUCCAGGAGCAUUUCUGAGCUGAAUAUCCUCCUUAGCAGCUUAAAUGCCCAGAAGGUUGAAAAUGCACUUGGUUUAGAGUCCACGAGAGCUGCACUGACAACAUUGAACCAGCAGUUGAAGAAAGCAAGCAAGAUCAUCAAGGAUUACAAAUGUGGAAGCCGCCUCCGUCUCUUGCUUAAAUCUCACUCAAUUCUCUUGCAGAUGGAGGAUGUAGCUAAAGAUAUUGCCAAGACUAUCUCCACAUUUCAGCUUGUCAAUCUUGAUACUGCACUGAACUUGAAUACUAUGACUAGCCAGAUCAUCAACAAUCUGGGAUCAAUGGAAUUCAGGUCAGCAGCUGCAACAGAAAAAAUUGCUUCAGAGAUGGAGACUUCAAUAUCAGAAAAUACGAAGAAUAGAGAGAAUGCUAAAAAGCUCCUGGAGAAGAUUGCCAAAGCUGUUGGUGCUAGGCCAAAUGCAUCCUUGGUCCAAAAUGAGUUGGCACUUCUGAAGCAAGAGAAAGAAGAGAUGGAAGCUCAAAAAAAGCAGGCAGAGGCGCUUCAGCUAUCUCAACUGAUUGAGUUCCUUUACAGUACUGAAGUCGUUACAAGGCCAGUUGAUGAGGAAACAGCUUCUACUCACCACCAACUAUACCCGAUUGGUUCAUUCAUAUGCCAGUUGUGCAACAAGAUGAUGACAGACCCAGUAGCAAUUCACUGUGGCCACAGCUUUGAGAGGGAGGCGAUUCAGGAACACUUCAGACGAGGAGAGAGGAACUGCCCCACCUGCAGACAGGAGCUUUCAUCUUUAGAGCUCACUCCUAACCUUUUGCUUCGAAACUCUAUAGAAGAAUGGAAUGAGAGAGACAUGGACUUAAAAUUCCAAGCUGCAGUGCCUAGAAUCAAAUCCAGUGAGCAUUCACAACAGGACAAGGCCUUGGAGGAUCUGCAACUUUUCCUGGAAAGGCCCAGAUAUGUGACCAAAGCUGCAGAGGAAGGGCUUGCGAAAAAGUUGGUGGAAAUCUUAAAAGAUGAUAGGGUAAAUGCUGGUGCAGCAUUAAAAUGCCUGUACUAUCUAGCCAAAUACAAUGAUGAUCAGAAGGAAGCUAUUGUCAUAGCAGGAGGCAUUCGCAGAAUAGUGAAGCAUAUCUGUAAAGGUGGAAAUGAAUGCCAUGCCCUCGGAGUCUUGGUGGAGUUGUCUGAAAAGGAAAGCCUUGCAGAAAAGAUGGGAAAUACAAAAGAUUGUAUUCCCCUUGUGGUUUCUUUACUCCAUAUAAGUAACCCAGAUGUGUCUCAAAAAGCUAGUAAGGUGCUUCAGAACCUCUCCUCCAAUGUCCAUUUUGUUGUCAAGAUGGCUGAAGCAGGACACUUCCAACCUUUUGUAGCUCGCUUCAACGAUGCGGCUGGAGAAACCAGAACACUGAUGGCUGCAGCCUUGGUAAAUAUACAACUGAAGGAGAAUAACAUUGAUGACUUAAGAGAACAGCAAUUCAUCCACAAUCUAAUUCAGAUGCUCUCUUCCAGCUCCCCAGCAUCCAAAUCAGCUUGCCUAAAAUGUAUCAAGAAACUUGUAGCACACCACAGGAUUGUAGAGCGCCUUCUGGAAGAUGCUGUAACUAUACCACAUUUGCUUGGUCUCAUCUCAUUUAACAAGUUUGAUCUGCACUUGAAACAAGGAGCUGCGGAGAUUCUGGCUAAACUGAUUGGAGAUAGUGAGCAAUUUGAGCAACCAAAAUAUCAGGGCUUGCAAGAACUGCAAUCCAAGCACAAUGUUAGUCUGCUGUUAGAGAUUAUGACCAGUGCCGAAGAUCAAACCAAGAUUCAGUUUUUACACCUACUGGUUGAGCUAAGCUCUAAAUCAGAGAUAGCCCGUGAUUUAAUACGAACAGACAACGAUGCAAUUGCUCAGCUCUUUUCAUCCCUUUACAGCGACCAUCCUGAGGUGAGAAGGUGGGUCAUGAAACUUAUAUAUUGCAUAUCCGAAGGUCAUCCUGAUGGAGUUCCACUACCAACGUCACCUGAAAAAGAAACAGCCAUUACCAACCUAGCAACCAUCCUCGUUAAUUCACCAGAUACCGAAGAAAGGUCUGCUGCUGCAGGAAUUAUCAGCCAGCUUCCUCAGAAUGAUAGUUGCAUUGAUGAGAUACUCCGAAAAUCGGAUGCGCUGAAAGCCAUUUAUGGGGUAAUUUGCAGCAUGGAUGACGAAAUUAGUGGGAACAUAGGAUCUUCCGACCAAGGCACAUCUCUACUGGAGAAUGCUCUAGCAGCCCUGUUACGCUACACAGAACCCUCCAAACCCGAUCUUCAGAGGCAGUUGGGAAAGCUUGAACUAUACCCAUCACUAGUUCGUGUACUGACACGGGGCAGCUCACUAGCUAAGCGGAGAACAGCAACUGCACUUGCCCAGCUAUCCCUCUCCACCAGCCGGUCAUUCUCUGAUGAAACCAUCAUGGCACCACAAACCAAGCCCUCCAUGCCCUUCUUUCUCAAGCAUGUCACCAGUAUGUGGUGCUGCCCAGCAUCGUCACAUAAUUUCAGUUCAUGUUCUGUUCACGGUGAUGCUUGUUCACCAAGAGAUACCUUCUGCCUGGUCAAGGCUGAUGCGGUGAGGCCACUUGUGAUGACUUUGAGUGACACAGAGUCGGGUGUGGCAGAGGCAGCUCUAAUGGCACUUGAAACAAUGCUUAUCGAUCACAGCACACGAUCACAAUCAACUGCUGCGAUCGUGGAGAGCCAGGGUGUGGCUGCCAUUCUACACGUCUUGGACAAGGGAUCUGUAUCUGCCAAAACCAAAGCCUUAGACCUCUUUCAGAAGAUCCUUUUAUAUACAAAGAUCAGUGUACCGGUAAUGCAGAGGUUUGAGAGGAUCCUCAUCCAAUUUCUCAGCGAUGAUGACCUUAAGAAAAAAGCAGCUUUGGUACUUAGGCAGAUGGGAAUCAUCCCAGAGCAGUCCUCAUACUUCUAAUCUCUUAGUUAACAUGGUUGAUGCUAGAGGAAGAGCUUCUUACAGCACCCCCAAGCAAAUCCUAAUGGGAGAAUUUCUAUCCCAAGAUGCGAGCUUCUUGACACAUACAGACAGUGAUCGGGGGCAGAUUGUAGAUACAUGUAUAAUACCACCGAUUUGAUUCUUCCGCCAUU